AUGCCGCGUUGGGGCCAGGAACUUACACCUUCCCCCCUAUCUCCCGGUUCUAUGCCAUUACCGCCUGACGGAGAUCUCUUUACAGAUAGUUCUAGAGCGCCGCAACCUCAUUUUCAACAGGGUGCAUAUAUGCACGAAAUUCAGCAGUUCCAGGCCUUGCGUGAAAAGUAUAGGGCCUUGGAGCUGCAAAUUGCAAAGGUUACGGCAGAACGCGACACCAUCUCGGCUGCAUAUCAAUAUCUUGCCAGCGCUGUUCGUUUACCGCUCAAUGACCCACUCCAAUUUGACCCUGCGUCCAUCUCAACACCAGCAAGCACUACGCAACGUCCAAAACCAGACACCCACCCCAAUAUCCGGUUCUGGAACAAGGCCGACUACUUCGAGUGGUUAGAAUCGGCUGAAGCGGACAAUGCUGUUGGCCGCGGUAAGCUUGCAUUCCUGGAGGACGAGAACGGUGAUCCGAUCUCAGAAACUACGAUUGACGCCAUUCGAAAGGCCCUACGUGCAGCAUGGUCCGAACUUCUCAGUCGCAAGCUCGCACCUUUGACUUGGGGAAAGCUGACUGCGUCAGGUGGCCAGUUGGUGAAUACCUUGAUGGAAAAUGCCUUCCCUUUGUUCAAGUUUGCCAAUAAUGGGUGGAAGCUCGACUAUCUCGCUACAAUGUCUUAUUCGUCUUGGCGCAGGCAUCACAUGGACGACCAUGGCAAUCCGCUAUCUGCUGGCGACACCGGUGAUGAUGGCGACAACACUUCAAAAGGCAAGAAAAGAAAGCAGCGCAUGAAAUCUGAAGCCUUCGAAGUCCUUGAAAAGAAAAUCAAAGUUGAUCAUGAUGUGCGGGAGAGUAUUGUACUGCCGCUGACUCCACCACCAUCUUCUACUUCAUCCCCACCUCUGCUCCCAGUUCAGCCGUUCUCUCCGACUGGUGCUCCACUGUCUACUCUGCAAACCCAAGAUCCAAUCGCCGUAACGGAUCAGGAACCUCUCGACGACAUCCCGAACAUACUACCCGAGCCUCUCUCCGCACCAAAACCCGUCAAAAUUAUGAUUGUCAAUCCGCUGUGA